GCCAAGAGCUUGUCCAAUGAGCGUCGGCCAUCUGUGCCAGGCUGAGUUUUUGAGGCUUCAUCGAGUCAAAAGGACGCCGAGGUCUUUAUCUUCAGCCCGGCUCAUCUGCAGCGGACUCGAGGCGACACCAUGGAGCUGCCGGCAGCCUUCUGGGCACUUCUCAACUGUCUGGCGUUUAGUGCUCAGGCGACUAUCUUUUUCAAGGAACAGUUUUUGGAUGGAGACGGAUGGAAGAGCAGGUGGAUCCAGUCCAAGCACAAGUCAGACUACGGACAGUGGAAGCUGACUGCUGGACAGUUCUAUGGAGAUGCUGAGUUGGAUAAAGGUCUCCAGACCAGCCAGGAUGCCCACUUCUAUUUCAUCUCGGCCCGCUUCCAGUCCUUCAGCAACGAGGGCAGGCCGCUGGUGAUCCAGUUCACCGUCAAGCACGAACAGAACAUUGACUGCGGCGGCGGCUACAUCAAGAUCUUCCCCAGCAACCUUGACCAGAGCGCCAUGCAUGCAGAGACGCCCUUUUACAUCAUGUUCGGUCCCGACAUCUGCGGCCGCAGCACACAGAAAGUUCACGUUAUCUUCAACUACAAAGGACAGGGCUACCUCAUAAAAAAAGACAUCAAAUGCAAGGUAGACGAGCUGACCCAUUUGUAUACGCUGAUCAUCAAUCCCGACCAGACGUAUGAGGUGAAGAUCGACAACACGCAGGUGGCGUCGGGCUCGCUGGAGGACGACUGGGACAUGCUGCUCCCCGAGAAAAUCAAGGAUCCCCUGGCUAAGAAGCCCAGCGACUGGGUGGACCAAGCUACCAUCGAUGACCUCACCGACACCAAGCCUGAGGACUGGGACCAGCCCGAGACAAUCCCUGAUCCAACAGCCAGGAAGCCAAGCGAUUGGGACGACGGCAUGGAUGGCGAAUGGGAGCCUCGCAGGAUGACCAACCCGGAUUAUAAGGGCGACUGGAAGCCCAAGCAGAUAGACAACCCUGACUACAAAGGAGAGUGGCUACACCCCGAGAUCGACAACCCGGAGUACGUCCACGACCCCACCAUGUACAAGUUUGACAACAUAGCCGUUCUGGCUCUGGACCUGUGGCAGAUGAGAUCUGGAACCAUCUUUGACAACUUCCUCAUCACCGACGACAUUGCAGAAGCCGAAAAGUUUGGGGAGCAGACCUGGGGGGUCACCACGGAACCGGAGAAGAAGAUGAGGACGGAGCAGUUAAUGCAGGAGCAGGAACAGGAACAGGAAGAAGUGGACGGGGAGCAGCACGAGAUAGACCAUGAGGAGGAAGAUGAUGAGGAGGAAGAUGAUGAGAGAGUUACUGAGGAGCACGUGAAGAAUACAGAAUUGUAGUAGUCUUGGUUGAGCUGGCGGAGGCGGGGCUUAGUGUGGAAGAGGGCGGGGUUAGAUAAAUUGAAAUGGUCUUCAUGAAAGGGAGGGGGUGGGCUUUACAUGUUGUCCUCUGAGGAAUCCCCAAUUUAAUGUGAUUGAAUUGUCUGUGAGACCAAACUUUCACUUUCACUUUGGGUCUUCCUGCAGAACACACUAUAUGUACGUACACUGUCAUGCAUCGCUUCUGUUACCCAUAAACAAGAAGAUGUGUCAAUAAACAAGUAAAUCUGG